AUGAUACUGAGUUUUGAGAUACGGAUUACAACUAAGAUUGAGGUCAAGAUGGUGUCGUGGAGCAAGUUCUUGAGAAUGGAUACAGGAUCUAAGAUAGUCAACGUACUUGCACCCGAGUUGUUUCGGAUGCUUUUCAAGGAAAACAAAUUUAGUCAAGAGACAGGGAUUAUAGAUAUGUGA